AUGAAGACCCACAGAUUUUUUUUAUCUCUCACAAUCACAAUCACAGUAACGUUAAUAAUCAUCUCCAAUAUUUUUUACCAAGCUCAAGCACAGGCUCCUAUAACCGAAGCAAGUCUUCAGCAAGUAGCCGCUUCUCUGCAAAUGUUCGUCGAUGAACUCCCACAAAUGCCUAAACUCUACGGUUAUUCCAUGCUAUAUCGCCUUCCCAUUCCCUCAAGUCUCACCAUCGGCAUGUAUCAAAAGAAAUGGAAGUUCCACCGUGACUUGCCUCCGACGACAGUCUUCGCGUAUGGAACCUCCCGAAUGACCGCCACUGUUCCCGGUCCCACAAUCGAGACACUCCGAGGAGUACCAAUUUAUGUGACGUGGAAAAAUCAUCUCCCUCAAAAUCACAUACUCUCAUGGGAUCCAACCGUCCCCACCGCCAUCCCCAAGAACGGUGGCGUCCCCACCGUCGUCCAUCUCCACGGCGGGGUCCACGAGCCACAAAGUGACGGCAGCGCCUUUGCCUGGUUCACCUCCAACUUCAGAGACACCGGACCCGCCUGGUCCCAGCAGACCUAUACCUACCCCAACGUCCAACACUCCGGGAACCUCUGGUAUCACGAUCAUGCGCUUGGCUUGACACGCGUUAAUCUACUAGCUGGCUUGGUCGGUGCGUAUGUCAUCCGUGACCUUUUCUUGGAUGACUAUCUCAACCUCCCACGUGGUCCCGAAUUUGACCGACACUUGAUCGUUUUCGAUAGAAGCUUUUCCACUGAUGGAUCCAUCUACAUGAACUCCACCGGCGAUAACCCGUCAAUCCAUCCCCAGUGGCAACCGGAAUACUUCGGUGACGCCAUUAUCGUUAACGGCAAAGCCUGGCCGUACCUUAAGGUUCAACGUCGGAAAUACCGCUUCAGGAUAAUAAACGCCUCCAAUGCACGAUAUUUCCGAUUCUCAUUAUCCAACGGUCUCCCGUUUGUCCAAGUGGCAUCUGACUCAUCCUACCUGCCCUCACCCGUCCAGACAUCAAAUAUACUCCUUGCACCAUCUGAAAUUGCAGACAUGGUCAUUGACUUUUCAAUUUCUACGACGAAAGAGGUGGUGUUGACCAACGAUGCCCCAUAUCCGUACCCGACUGGUUCAGCCGUGGACCAGCUAAACGGGAACGUCAUGAAAUUUAUAGUUGCACGGAGACGACCGUUCUUGCCGGACAGAUCAAAUGUGCCGGCGAAUCUAGUGAAUUACCAAGCGGCGACAACAGAGGAGGCAGCACAGACAAGAUACAUAGUGUUGUAUGAGUAUACCACCGAUGCCGGGACUCCCACACAUCUCUACAUUAACGGGAAAAGAUUGAUGGAUCCGGUGACAGAGACACCAAUAUCCGGCACCACUGAGGUGUGGGAGGUGAUUAACUUGACUGGCGAUAAUCACCCAAUGCACCUGCAUUUAGCUUCAUUACAGGCAAUCAAGGUGCAGGAGCUGGUGAAUUUGGAGGAGUUCGAGGCUUGCAUGACAACCAAGAAUGAUGCAGUCGCCUGCAAUGUGGUCGCCCAUGCAACCGGGAAGUUGCUUGACAUACCUCCUUACGAGAGAACAUGGAAGAACUCUGUGAAGAUAGAGCCCGGAUACCAGACGACGGUGGUCGUCAAGUUUAAUCUGGUUGAGAACGGCGAGCCUUAUCCGUUCGACGCUACCGCAGAACCUGGAUAUGUCUACCAUUGUCACAUUCUGGACCAUGAGGACAAUGCUAUGAUACGACCAUUGAAGCUGCUAGUUUCAUAG